AUGGGCACGAUCUCGUUUCAGGCGUCCAACGCCAUCAUCUACCUGACCUAUGGCCUCUUUCUCGUCAUGGGGACUGGCAUUGCUUGGAAGCUACGAAACCAGGCCAAGACGGACUUUCUGUCCAGCAACGGCACUCAGACUGCCUUUCCUCUCGCUCUGAAUUUCAUCGCCUCUGCUCUCGGAUCCGGUAUCCUGUUCUCCUACCCGGAGCUCGCCACCAUUGCCGGCGUCCAGGGCGUCGUCGUGUACGCACUCGCGUCUUCGCUGCCCAUGCUCGUCUUUGGCUACCUCGGACCCGUCAUCCGCCGGCGCUGCCCUGAAGGCUUCGUCCUGACCGAGUGGACGCGCCAGCGCUACGGCAUCCCCGGCAUGCUCUUCCUCAGCGUCCUCACCCUCAUCACGCUCUUCCUCUACAUGGUCGCCGAGCUGUCCGCCAUCGGCCAAGUUGUCAGCACCCUGACCGGCCUCGAUGGCCUGCCUGUCGUCAUCGUGCAGUGCAUCGUCACGACGAUUUACACGUCUCUUGGCGGCUUCAAAAUCUCCUUCCUCACCGAUGUCAUUCAGGGCGGCAUGGUUGUCGGCCUCAUCAUCAUCGCCACCAUUACCAUUGGCGUGAAAACCGAGAUUCAAACGGAGCUCAUUGACGCCUCGGGCCUGACAAAGCCUACCCUGCUCGGCUGGCAGCUGCUUUACAUCCUGCCCGUCGCGGUCCUCACAAACGACUUUUUCCUGUCCAACUUUUGGCUCCGCACCUUUUCCUCCAAGACGGACAAGGACCUCCGCGUCGGUGUCACCAUGGCCAUGGUCGUCAUUCUCUGCGUGCUGACCCUCGUCGGCUGCACCGGCCUCAUCGCCGCCUGGUCCGGCGCAUGGCCCGGCGACCCCGCGCAAGCCGGCUCCCUCGCCUUCUUCGUGCUACUCGAGCGACUGCCCGGCUGGGUCGUCGGCAUCGUGCUCGUCAUGGUCGUCAGCCUCAGCACCGCCGCCUUUGACUCGCUGCAGUCGGCCAUGGUCUCGUCCGCCUCCAACGACCUCUUCCGCAACCGCCUCAACAUUUGGUUCAUCCGUGGCUUCGUCGUCCUCGUCAUCAUCCCCGUUGUCGUCCUCGCCUUGAAGGCGCCCUCCAUUCUCCAAAUCUUCCUCAUCUCCGACCUCGUGUCCUCGGCCGCCAUCCCCGUGCUCUGCAUUGGCCUGCUCCCGCAGGCCUGGGUCUGGCGUGGCUUCGAGUUUGUCGUUGGCACCCUCGGCGGUAUCCUCACAGUCUUCAUCUUCGGCGCCUGCUACUACAAGGACGCGUACCGCGGCGCCCGCCUCAUUCUGCUGGAAGAGGGCCUCUACGCGCAGGACUGGUCCGUCUUUGGCGCCUUUGUCGCGGCGCCGUUUGGCGGCCUGGUCUGGGGCUGCAUCGCGCUGGCGUGCCGUCUCACGUUCCAGUACGCCAAGGCCAAGAUCACGGGCGGUGUCUUUGACGCGCUUGACAAGCCGCUGGAUCCGACCCGACCUCGCAAUUGCGAGGGCGAGCCUAUCGAGGAGAGUGCCUCGACUGGUGCUGGCAAGUUUUUCUAA